UUGUAGCUUGUCAAAGGGUACGGGAGCUGUUCCAAUCCUACCAGCUUUCAUUGGCCCGGGAAGGCGGAGCGAAUGAACUCAAACUGUUUGCUGUGCGAACCAAGUGAGGUCAGGGGACUGCAUGCUGAAUUCGCCCUGUGACUUGUCGGUUGGAUGAUGAAACAUGAUUCUGCAGUAUGUUAGACCGACGGUCUCGCUCAUUCGGAGCAAGAGUGUAAAUGCUGCCGUCUCCAGAUUAUAUCAUGCGGAUAAAGUGGCAACGCUGGGCUCGCAGCCGGACGUUCAGUCUCCGGUCUUUCAGGAGAAUUACGAGCGAAUGCAAGCGCUGGUGAAGGAGUUGAAGGACAGAGCAGAAAAAAUCAAACUUGGAGGUGGAGAAAAAGCAAGAAACCUUCAUACAUCCCGAGGAAAGCUUCUGCCUCGAGAACGCAUCGACAGACUGUUGGAUCCUGGAUCUCCCUUUCUGGAGUUUUCCCAGUUUGCUGCCUAUCAGUUAUAUGGUAAGGAGGAGGUUCCUGCAGGAGGCAUUAUCACUGGUAUUGGCAGAGUCUCAGGGUUGGAAUGUAUGAUAGUUGCAAAUGAUGCCACUGUCAAAGGUGGUACCUAUUAUCCGGUUACAGUAAAGAAGCACCUACGUGCCCAAGAGAUUGCACAGCAAAACCAUUUGCCAUGCAUAUACCUGGUGGAUUCUGGAGGAGCCAAUUUACCCAGACAGGCAGAUGUGUUUCCAGACAGAGAUCACUUUGGGCGCAUCUUCUUUAAUCAGGCCCAUCUUUCCUCUGAAGGAAUUGCACAGAUAGCUGUUGUUAUGGGUUCCUGCACGGCCGGGGGUGCCUAUGUCCCUGCCAUGGCUGAUAAAAGCAUCAUAGUACGCAAACAAGGGACCAUUUUUCUGGGAGGACCACCACUGGUAAAAGCUGCUACAGGUGAAGAGGUGUCUGCUGAAGACCUAGGAGGUGCAGACCUUCACUGCAGAAAGUCAGGAGUAACCGAUCAUUAUGCCUUGGAUGACAACCAUGCCCUUCACCUUGCACGGAAAGUAAUACGAAGCCUGAACUACAAGAAAAAACUUGAUGUUACUGUGGAGCCUCCGGAGGCACCUCUGUUUCCUGUGGAUGAACUAUAUGGGAUUGUGGGAGACAACCUCAAACGCAACUUUGACAUUCGAGAGGUUAUUGCUCGUAUUGUUGAUGGCAGUAAAUUUGAUGAAUUCAAGGCCUUCUAUGGAGACACACUUGUCACAGGUUUUGCCCGGAUAUUUGGCUACCCUGUUGGAAUUAUAGGCAAUAAUGGUGUGCUGUUCUCAGAAUCUGCAAAGAAAGGAACUCAUUUCAUUGAGCUUUGCUGUCAGAGAAACAUUCCACUCCUCUUCCUUCAAAAUAUUACAGGCUUCAUGGUUGGCAGAGAGUAUGAGGCUGGAGGUAUUGCUAAAGAUGGAGCUAAAAUGGUGACAGCCGUGGCCUGUGCCAAUGUGCCUAAGAUUACUGUAAUCAUUGGAGGAUCGUAUGGUGCUGGGAACUAUGGCAUGUGUGGUAGAGCAUAUAGCCCCCGGUUCCUGUACAUGUGGCCCAAUUCACGGAUCUCAGUAAUGGGAGGGGAGCAGGCAGCAACUGUACUUGCCACCAUAACUAAAGAUCAAAAAGUAAGGGAAGGAAAGGAGUUUACAAUAGAGCAGGAGGCUGCUAUGAAGGAGCCAAUUAUCAAACGCUUUGAGGAGGAGGGAAGCCCAUAUUAUUCCAGUGCCAGAUUGUGGGACGAUGGGAUCAUUGACCCUGCUGACACUCGCCUUGUCCUGGGCUUGAGUUUGAGUGCUGCCCUCAAUGCACCCACACAUAAAACCCGCUUUGGUGUCUUCAGAAUGUAAAUCUGGUCUAGUAAAGAUAUUUAGAAUUAGUCAAUUUUCAUGUUUUGGGCAGAGUAUAACUUUUAUAGACUUGUUUUGUCUUUUGUAUGUUUGAAAUUAACAGUAAAAAUUUUAAAAACAAUGAUUGACUA